GCGCUGGCACAAUUCGUACAGAAUGCAAAGGUGGAGCAAUUACCUAAGAGUCAACUUGUGGAACUUAGCCGAUUUUGAGCAGCUGCCGGCUAGCAUGCGGAACAGUGCGAGAUUCGAAAACUUACCGAUGCAGGGAAUGGAGGAAUGGGUGAAAGGAGGUGGGCCUCCCAUGGAGGGUAUUGCUCUCUCAAGCAUGAUGGACAGCUUAUGGGAUGGGCGCGAAGCGUCGGCACUAUCACAGGUAGAAGUCAAAGAGAGCGCAUUGGCUUACGUCUUCGCUGUCACUGCUCCAGGGUUCGAUAGGGAGGAGAUGACGUUGAUGGUGAAGGAGAUGAGGGGAGGAAGACGAAUGUUGGUGAUUAGAGGAGAGAAGAGUGGUGGGAGAGAGAGAGAAGAGAGAGGAGGGAGAGGGAGGGAGGAGGUGGUUGGUGUUCGAUUAUGGCUUGAGAAGCUGAUCGCAGAUGGAAGACGGAGGUUAGCAAUGACAGGAGAGAACGAGAGAGGAGAGAGAGUGGAGAGAGAAGAGCGAGGGUGGGGAGGGAGGGAGCAGCAGCAGCAGCAGCAGCAGCAGCAAGAGGAGGAGGAGGAGGAGGAGGUGGUGGGUGUUCGGUUAUGGCUUAAGAGGUUGGGAGCGAUGGAUGGUGGGCGACAACAAAAAAGAGUAAGGAACGAGUUCGUCCGUCGAUUCAAGCUGCCAGAGGACGCUGACUACAGGCGCACUUACGCAGAGUGCGAGGUGUCCGAUUUAACAGUGGUAGUACCGAAGAUCGGACAGGGGGGGGGGGGGGUAAUAGACCCAGAAGAAUUGUCAGAGUCUGACAUGCAGCCUGUCAGAAUCGAAGAAGUGGAAUCAGAUGACGAAGAGAUGGUCGAUCAACGGCGCAGAUGGCGGCAGCAGCAGCAGCAGCAGCAGCAGGAGGGCAGGGGAGGGGGAGGGGGGAAGGAGGAAGGAGAGGAGCAGAGGAGGGGGAGCAUGGAUACUGACGAGGUUACCUCAAGAACAUCUGAUCGCGCGUUCGAAACGCGAAAAAAGGAUCCGUACGGAAAUGAUCGCCCGUUCGAAACGCGAAAAAAGGAUCCGUACGGAAAUGAUCGCCCGUCCGAUUCCAAAGCGGCAGAGGCCGCAUGUGGAAUCUUGUCGAAAAAGGAGGGAUGUGUUUCUCAGCCAGGUUCAAAAUUCAAAUGGAAGAAAUUCAUUAAAAAAUUAUCAAUAACGAGAAAGGUGAAGAAGUGGAGGGCUUCGAGAUCAUCGAAGAAAAAGAUGAGCGAGCAAGGGAGUGAUGAGAUACUGAGCGACAAACUGAGCGACAGACCGAGCGGCAGACUGAGCGACAGACUGAGCGGCAGACUGAGCGGCAGCGUGAGCGACGAGGAGGAGGAAGAGGAGGAAGAGGAGGAGGAGGAGGUGGUAGUAGACGAGCUACCACCUCCGUCGACGGACAGCGGAGUAGCGGUUGCUGACCUUCGUAGCUAUCUUGCGAAGAUCGACCGCGAGCACGCAACGCAACGGUACGUGACAUCGACGCGCCUCUCCUUUACAUCACAUUUAGAUCGGAAAGGUGACCUGCAGUGCCUUGAUCGGUUGUGGAGCGUCUCGCAACUACAUCAGCCAAGACUUCAUGGCACGCGCUGUGGCGCUGGGCUAGGCCCGCGCGUUCGAAGGAAAAGUCAGCCUACGCACGUCACGUUGAUCGAUGGUCACGCGCAAAAGUCAAAGUCAAUCGAAUGUUGCGUUGACUCCGUGCCUGUGUACUUUGCCCCGCUAGCAUGCGAGGCCGUGUCAUUCGACAUAUUGGACACUAAGUUCGACAUGAUCUUAGGCAUGUCAUGGCUGAAAAGCGAAGACCAUCCGGUGAACUUUUAUCGACGCACCGUUCACGUUCGUGAUCGGCGUGGCGACCUAGUCCCGUGUGCGGUGCCACUUCCUCAUCCUUCGAUUGGUUGUCACGUGGUCUCCGCGGCGAGCAUUCGCCAAUCCAUCCGGCGGAACGACAUCGAGGAGAUGGGCAUAUGUUUUCUUCACGCCCUCCCACCCGGUGAUCAGCCCAAGACGGACAGAUCGGACCCACGCAUCAUUGAGCUGUUGGACAGCUAUGAGGUUGUCUUCCAAGCUCCCGCUGGAGUCGUACCGGACCGUCCCACACGCCACGGGAUCACUCUUGAGGACGGCGCCGUACCUCCGUGCGGAUGUAUGUACCGCAUGAGCGAAGAGGAGCUUCAAGUGCUUCAGGCACAGUUAGACGACACCUUGGCCAAGGGCUGGGUUCGCCCUAGCUGUUCGCCAUACGGUGCUCCCGUUCUCUUCGCCCGAAAGAAGAACAAGGAUCCUCGUUUCCGCAUUGACCAUCGGAAACUUAACACGCAAACGAUCAAGAACGCCGGCCCUCUCCCUCGGAUCGAUGAUUUUCUCGAGCGACUAGGUGGCGCCAAGUACUUCUCGAAGCUUGACCUGAAGUCCGGAUAUCACCAGAUCGAGAUCCAGCCGGGAGAUCGGUACAAACCGCAUUCAAGACGCGUUUGCCAUCGGAACAAAGGGCGUCAUCAGCUCCCGUACGACGAACUGAAACCAUUGUCGAUUCCUCAGGAACCAGGUCUUUCCAUUGCUAUGGAUGUGACCGGUCCUUUCCCUCGCAAUCGCCUUGGCCAUGAUGGUAUUCUCACGGUCGUUGACCGUUUGAGCAAGUACGCUCGGUUUCUUCCAUGCAUGUGUCAUGCGACGGCUCCCGAGCUCGCACAACUUUUGCAUAUCGGCUGGUUUUGCAGCCAUGGUGUUCCGGAAGACAUCGUCAGCAACCGCGACACUCGUUUCAUGUCAGCCUUUUGGACGACACUCAUGGUGGAAUCCGACACCAGCAUGAAACUGAGUUCCGCACGGCAUCCGCAAACGGAUGGGCAAACAGAACGUGGGCACCAGACUGCACAGAUGAUGCUCCGCACACUCAUCCGUCCGGAUCAGAAGGACUGGGUUGACCGCCUUUCCGACAUCGAGUUCGCCUACAACACUUCGGUCCACCCGGCGAUUGGCGUGACUCCCUUUGAGUUGCAUCACGGUGGACGGAAAGGUCGUAUCUUCGCAGACAUUUUGCUUCCACGGGCUGCCGAUAUCAACGCCGCUUGCUCCCCCGCUUCCACACGGAAGUACAAGGAACUGCUGGCCAAAGCCCGCGCAAAUAUGCAAAAGGCUCAGGUCCGUAUGCAGCAGCAAGCAAAUUGGCGUCGCAUCCCAUGUCCAAUCUGCGUCGGCGACCUUGUUUGGGUCACCUCCAAGAAAUUCGCGCUCGAGCAGCACGUCUCGGGCAAGCUCCUCCCUAAGUGGUUUGGUCCAUGGAAGGUCACUUCAGCAGCCGAGGACGACCCCGCGGGUCCCUCUUUCAUAAUCGAGAUUCCCCCGCAUUUGACGGUCCACGCCGUAUUUCACGCCUCGAAGCUGGCGGUCUACACUCCAGCCUCCUCAACGGACUUCCUAGGCAGACGGUCACACGACCCUCCUUAAAUGGAUGGUCACCAGGAGGUCGACCGCGUUCUCACUCAUCGCAAGCACGGCAACAAGCCGAUGCAGUACAAAG